AUGAUGACACAUAAUCGGUCCGUAUAUACUCCAUCACAAGCGGAUGUUUCUUUAUUUUUUGAGAUAAAACAAUUACCUUUAGCUGAUAAAUAUCCUAAUUUGUCCCGAUGGUAUACUCACAUCUGUUCAUAUACACAUGAGUUUGAAAGUCUUCCUGGUGAGAGAGGAAAAUCUGCUGCUUCAUAUUUAGGUCACAUCUUUAUAUGUGAAUCCAAAAAAGAGGAAGAUGAUAUUGAUCUUUUUGCAAGUGAUGAAGAUUCAGAAGCGGAAAGAAUUAGGGAAGAAAGACUUGCUUUAUAUAAAGAAAAGAAAGCAUCAAAACCGAAGAUUAUUGCAAAAUCUAUUGUUACUUUGGAUGUUAAACCAUGGGACGAUGAAACGGACAUGACAGCUUUAGAAGAGGGUGUUCGAGCUAUUGAAAUGGAUGGUCUUGUUUGGGGUUCAGGAAAGCUUGUUCUUGUGGGAUACGGAAUUCGUAAACUUCAAAUUACACUUGUUGUUGAAGAUGAAAAAGUUUCAAUUGAAGAGCUUCAAGAACGAAUUGCAGAAUUGGAAGAUUAUGUACAGAGUUCUGAUGUUGUUGCAAUGCAAAAACUUUAA